CCUCCGCCACGAUGGUCGACGCCGAUGCCCCCGAAACCUCCGCAGCCGACGUCUCCUUUAGCGAUGAGGACACGCAGCCAGCGACCAAGAGACGGAAGCCGGGCAUUAUCUACCUCUCCAUCAUCCCGCCCAAUAUGAACGUUGCCGACGUGAGGGAUUAUUUCUCGAACUUUGGCGAGGUGGAUCGGAUGUUCCUUCAGGCUGGGAACGAAGAAAAGAAAAAGACAGAAAAGUGGAAGAAAAAGAAAAGGCAGCGCUACACGGAAGGGUGGAUAGAAUUCAAAAGCAAGAGAAAAGCCAAGGCGGUGCAGGAGCUCCUCAACAACCAGCCAGUCAGGGGAAAGAGACGGAAUCCUUAUUAUGACAUGCUCUGGAAUAUCAAGUAUCUCCCCAGAUUUAAAUGGGCUUAUCUGAAACAAAGACUUGAGUAUGAGAGAGAGGUUCACCGGCAACGCAUGGCGGCAGAAAUUUCCCAAGUUCGACGUGAAACUGACCAUUUCAUUAAGGCCUCUGAGAUCAACAAGAAACAGAAGAAGAAGGAUAAGGCAAUGAAUAAGAAUGGGAAAUCUGAGGAAAGCAGUAAAACUGAAUCAGCAGAUGAUAAAAAUGAGGAUAAGGAAGAGAACAGUAUAAAGAAGAAUAAGAAAGCUGAUAAACUAGGUUUUAUAUUUAAGCAAAAACUGACAGAAGAUGAAAUUUUAUCCAAGAAAGAAACCAGAAAAAUGAAAGAUGAAUAUUUUAAGAAUAAGAUUAAAGCCAAAAAGUUAAACAGAGAAGAAAAGAGAAAGAAGAAGGACUUAGAAGACAAAGAUUUACUUGGCUCUAUAUUUGUGGGAACAGGAAAUUAAUAAAUGUAAAUUAGA